AUGGGUCUCUUCAAAUCCAUGUUCAAGAAAGCCAAGAAAUCAGGCGAAGCCAUGCUGGGCAUUGAAAGCAAGGCGACUCCUCCUCCGAUGGAUCCCGAGAAUCCUCCCACUCGUUGGGAAAAAGCCGUCGUGGGGCUAAAUGGAAUUGUCGCUCAAGUCUCCAAGAUUGAUCCCGACGGUGUCGAUGUGGUGUGCUUUGGUGGUGACGGUGCACCGGACAUGUACCGCAAUGUCAAGGAUAUUGGCGGUUUGGAAUCCAUGGUCACGGCCAAAGAACCGGCGGGCGCUUGUCAUAUGGGUGCCGCCAUGGAUAUCGUCUUGAAAGAAGCAUUUGCGCGUGGCUUUGACGAACGACCUUGUUCCAUCCUCGUCUUGACGGCGGGACGUCCCGAUGAUUCCGCAGCUUUGGAUGCGGCCAUUCAAGACGCGACGGGCAAAAUUGCGGCCAUGGAAGACAAGAAGGAAUCGCCAUUGACCAUUACGUUUGUGCAAGUGGGAGAUGACGAACAAGCCGAAGAAUAUUUGAAACAUUUGGAUGAUAACUUGACGUCGGCAUCGUCUUCUUCGGGAGAAACCAUUGACAUUGUUGAUACCAUUAAAGAUGAAGAAAUCAAAAAGGCCAUGGGAGAAUUCAAAGAAGAAGGAUUCCUCAGUGGUGGAAAGGGUGGAGCGCUCUUUGGUGCAUUUGCCGGAGCGGCCAUGGGUGUCGGUGGAAUGUAUCUCUACAACAAGUUGAAUGCCAACAAACGUACCGAAGGCUGGAAUGGAAAAUGGAAAGCGACGUAUGAAGGAGAAGAAGUGGCGGUAUUGACGGUCAAGGACGAUGGAGAAGGCAAUUUGGCCAUUGAAGGAUUCCCCGUCGAAGAAGGAGAAGAAGGCGGAUCCACCACGGGUAAUUAUGCGGAAAAUGACGAAGGUGGAUACAAUAUUCAAUUCACGGCACCUGAAGAAAACGAACCCAUUUAUGGAACGGUCGAAGACGAACACACCAUUGCUUGGUCCGAUGGCACUCGAUGGGAGGAAGUUCCUCCCGAUGGUGGUCAUUGGGCCGGAUACGCAGGAGCUGCUGCUGCUGGUGCGGCCACGGCUGGAGCCACCGGAUACCUCUUGCAAAAGAAAUUCUUCAACAAGGCAUCCAAGCAGGUCCCGUCCGACUAUGUCAUUGUUUUGGAUCGUUCCGCCAAAAUGGCCAUUCCCGACACUGGAAAGUAA